AUGCAUUAUGAUCAUUUAGAUUCUCCUACAGGUGAAAAACUAAAAAUAGAACUCCGUGGCAAAGGAAUAGAGGCCUUGGUAAAACUGAAAGAUGACAGCGUGAAAAUGAAUGAAACAUUCAUCGGAUUACAAGCAAAAUCAAGCAUAUUCAUUCAGAACCAGUCUUCGGACUUUAUCUCUUACAAAUGGAGUCCUUUCGAAAAUGCUGACGAAGAAUCUUUUGUGAAUGAAACGUUAAUCGAAACUUUCGCUAAUACAGGAAACUUUGAACCAAGAAUGAAGGAAAAGCUAAUUACUUGGAUUAGGAAAUUUUCAGAGCAACAGAUUCCCUAUCCAACAAGUAUUCAAACAGCUGAAUGUUCACCAUUCAACAUUGAACCUAUUGAAGGACGUAUUCAACCCUAUUCAUCACAAGAAUUCACUUUACACUUUAAUCCAGAAAAAGUUAAAUCCUAUCAAGAUAUAUUUUAUUGUGAUGUUGAAGGACUAACAGAACGACUAAGUUUAACUAUACACGGGGAAGGAUUAGGACCAAAAAUUAAAUUUUCAUUUAAAUGUUUAAAUAUGGGCAAAUUGUUUAUUGGUUCAAAGCAUAAAUAUGAGCUAGUUCUAUCCAAUAGUGGAUUGAUUGAUACAAUGUUUUCAAUUCAAUCGAAAAAUGUCGUUGCCUCACCUGAGGAUGACGACGAUGUUGUUAAUACUUCCUCCGAAGAUGUAGAUGUCAAUAAUCAGUGCAUUCGACGUUUCGCAAAAUAUUUUCAUUUUACACCAGAUGAAGGACUGAUCUGUCCUGGUGGAUAUCAAGUUAUACAAAUUGAAUUUAAAUGUGAUGAUUUACUUGGAGAAUUUAAUGAAACCUUUAAGUUUGUAUUUGAUGGAUCACCGACAGCUGAAGAGAUUACAUUCAGUGGUACCGUAGUUGGACCAACGUUUCAUUUCAAUGUUUCAUCAGUGGAAUUCAAUCAAGUAUCAUACGGUUUCUCUGAAGAAAAGACAAUAACUCUACAUAAUACCUCAUUUAUACCAAUGGAUUUUAUUCUUCGUGUCGUCCACGAUGAUAAUGUCGACAGUAAAACUGAACUGCUCAAUACAAUUCCACUUAGUAGUAAUGAUAAUAAUGAUAAUAGUGAUGAAUCAGCAUGUACAUCACUCAUCCGGGAGCAGUAUUCACAUGAAACUUCUGACCUGACAGCAUUUCAGAUUACACCAAGCAAUGGAAAUCUAUUGGCAAUGAGUUCAAUCAACAUAGUAAUACGUUUCAGCCCAAAGUGUUUAGGUUGUCGAAAGUAUAAACUUAUUGUUGACGUUGUAAAUGUUGGUAAGGAAGAGCAUUGGAUACCAAUAUUUGUGGAAGCUAUUCGUCCAGAUGUAGUUGUAACACCAGAAUAUAUAAAUUUGACACGGUGUUUUAUAAAUCAUCCGUAUUUGGUUGAGCUUACACUCACAAAUCAGUCAACACAACCUGCUAGUUAUCAAUUUGUAGAACAGGCAUCAAAGAUGAAAGAAAUAAACCAGUCAACAAGGACACCCGCUGUCGGAAAGUACUCUGAUGACGAUGACAAUAAACUACAAUAUUGGACAAAUGACUCAAAGGGAAUCAUUAGUGCAUCAGAUUCAGUUAAGUUGCCUGUAACAUUUAAAGCAAAAACCCUGGGACUGAUCACAACUGAAUUAUACAUAAAAAUUUGUGGUAUAAAUGAAAAUCCAUUGAAAAUACCUGUACGCUGUGUUGGUGAAGGUCCAGUUCUACAUGUUGAACAAACAAAAUUAGACUGGGGAACAAUUCCUGUAUUACAACCAAUUAUUAAGGUGUUGAAGAUUACAAAUGAAUCGUGUAUUGAUGCAGUAUACACUACUAAAAUGCUAAGAAAUGAUACUGUAUUUGAAGUUGAACCAUCUACAGGCAGUAUUCCAGCUUACGGUCAUAUAGAUUUGAAUAUAACUGCUAAUUUAAAUGAUAUUAUUACAUUUAAAGAUCAAUUAGAAAUACACAUUGAACAUAAUACAAAACCAUUGAAAAUUGAAUUAUGUGCAAUUGGUCAAGGUGGUACAAUUGUAACCCAACCACCAAUGGGAUCAACAUUAAAUUUAGGCUGUCAAUUCAGUGUUAAUCCAAUGAGAAAACAAUUCAAAGUGAUUAAUAAGGGGAGGAGACAACAACAAUUAAUUUGGUCUAUAGAAGGUCAAUCAUUGCGUAAAUCAAUUCAUACAGACUCUCAGCCGCUAAUUAAACCUGAAACAAAAUGGACUAUUACACCGCAUCGUUUUGAAAUUAAUCCUGGAGCAAGUGCAGAAAUUUGUUUAGAAGUUCAGUGUGAUAGCCCUAAAACAAUUCAUGAUAAAAUAUUAUGUCAUUCAAUUAUUGGAAGAAGUGCUAAAUAUUUAAUUAAAACAGUUGACGUUACAAUUGAUUUUAUUACACCAGUUAUUGAACUGUCUACUAGCGAAUUAUUCUAUCGGGUAGAAAAGGGUCCAUCUGAUAAACUCUCAAUACAAUUCAAUCAAUUCACUAUGAAAAAUAAAGUAGACUUAAUCUUAACCUGUUCACUGGAAAUAUGCAGUCCAUUUCAUUUAUACGUAGAUGGUAAUUACACAUCAACUAUGACUUUUCAAAUGAAUCCGCUUGAAUCUAAAGAAAUUACAGUUGCAUUCAAUCCAAUGUAUAAGGAUGAUUUAAUCAGUCGAAGAGCUGAUGAACUAUUAUUCAUCAAGUAUGCUGAACAUCCACAAACGGAUGCUGUACGAGUAAUUGGAGAAGUCCACUUUCCAAAUCUUCAAUUUGAAUCAAACACUAUCGAUUUUGGUUGUAUAUUAAAUCAUACAGAAAUGACAAAACAUAUGCCCAUGAAAAAUACCAGUCCUUUACCAGUGAAAUUUCGUUGGAGUCUACUGAUUGGCAACCGGGCAAACAUUAUAUUUAAACGACAGGCUCGUUUAACAGAACCUUAUCCAUCUGUAGUGGAUGAAACAGUCGACAGUCAUAAAUUAAAUCCUGAUGAAAUUUAUGAACAAGAUAAAACGACAAUGAAGGAUCAAAAAGUUACUAGUGAACACACAGAAGAAAUGGGAGUAAGUAUCCAAGAAAACGAAUCUCUUCAAGUUACUCCACCAAAUGAUGAAAAUGUGUCGGAGAAUUUGAAUCCUGAACAAGUGACUCCUGAAAACAGUGUAUUACGUCAUCUGCUUGAAGAAGAUGGUGAUAUUAUACCAUUGGGUAUAGAAGAAUUAUUCGAUAUUGUACCAUUAUAUGGUGAAAUUAGUCCAGGUGAAUCAAUUACACUAAGUUGUACAUUUUUUGGACAUGCUGAUAUAGAAGCUUCUGUAACUGCUCUGUGUGAAGUUGAAGGUGGUCCUGAGUAUAAAAUUGAACUGAAAGGUUCUGCUUCAGAAAUCAACUAUGUAAUCGAUCAAACUGUAAUCGAUCUGGGUUUCAAUCGAAUGGAUAAGCCAAUGAUAUGUGAAUUCAACAUUAUGAAUACGGGGAAGGUUAUUUUCGACUUUUGCAUAAAUAUUCCUGAACAUUUUUCGUUUGUUAAGAAUACCGAGACUACUAUUUUAGUAAAUAAUGAUGAUUAUGGUCUGUUGAAAAUUGAACCAUCACAUGGUCAGGUGAAUAGUGAUCAAUCACACUGUGUUCGACUCACAUAUAUCUCAUUUAAACCAGGUUAUUUUGAGCAAGAAAUUGAUGUUCAAAUAGCACAUUUUCAACCAAAACGUAUUAAAUUACACGGUGUAGCAGACUUUGCUCAUUUAAAUUUAAAUCUACCGCGUGCGCGCAUGGUACAACAGACAAACAAAAGGGAAUUGAACAUUGAAAAUCAAUCCGUUGAUGAAGAAGAAAGCUCACACAAUUAUUAUCCUUCUGUCUAUGAGUUGACUAUGCAGAAAUUAAUGGGUCAUUUACGCCAAGAAGUUAUCAAAUUGUUAGAAUUAUGGGAAAAACAACAAAAUGGCCAAAUGUUUUGCUUAUGUCAUACACCCUUUUCACCUACUUCUCAAUCAUUAGUAAACUCCAGUAAAAAUAAACAUUUAGAUGAAAUAUUUAUGCAUGAUACAAUGUGUUGUAUAACAAAAGCUUUAAAACAAAUUUUAUCUAAUCAAUAUUAUUUAGUUCAUGUAAUUCCUGAAAAUAUUUUACAAUUGAUACCAGAUUUAAAUUUACAGUUGGAUGCAGAAUGUGAACAUAUUUAUAGAUUGUUAAAUAAUGAAAUGUACAUCAAACAUAACAAUCAUUUGGAGAUGAUAACAGAAGCUGACGAGUCAGUGAAACCUUUACUUCUUAAUAAUCUAUACCUGCCACAUUAUCUACUUGAUUUUGGUGUUGUAAUAAUGGGAACAUGUGUCAAACAAAGUGUAUGUGCUAUAAAUACAAGUUGUGAACCGAUUAGUUUUCGUUAUGAUACAAUCUCAUUGUCAAAAGCUAAACAGCUGGGCUUUAGCACAAAUAUUACCAAAAUUCAUCAUCUACCUGGUUAUCCAGAUUAUGAACAAGUUGAAUUAGAAUUUACUUUUGAUACAAAACAAGCAGGUCAGAUAGACGAAAGUUUAAUUCAAACGGAGUUAAUUAUCAAGGUUUUGAAUGGUCCUUCUAUACCAAUUUGGCUUAGAGCUAAUAUUGUAAAGCCAAUGCUGAAAUCACAUGUAAAUGCAAUUGAUUUUGGUGAAGUCCAACGUGGUGAAGCACGUUUAUUCACAAUUCAGUUACACAAUCCAUCACCAGUAUCAAUUAGUUGGCAUCGUUCUAUUCCGGAAUUACAAAAUAAUAAAAUGCUUACAGAAUCGGUUUAUCCUAUUCGAAUGGCUUAUAAAUCACGAAGAAAUCGAUUGAAAGAUAAACAACUGCGCAUAUUUGAAGUAAUACCGAAUAGAGGAGUUUUAGAACCUGAUGAGAAAAUCAAUAUACAGAUUAAAUUUACUCCACUUGAAGAAAAACGUUAUGAAACCAAAAUCCUGUUGAAUAUUGAAAAUAGCGAUACUGUUUUAAAAAUUCAUUGUCAAGGCAAAGGUUUAGAGCCACAAUUAAUAUUUGAUCGUGUAUUGUUACAAUUUUCACCAACUUUACCAUUUUCAUCUAUGGGAAGUGAAGAAAUUGUAACUGUAACAAAUCCAUGUGAUUAUCCAAUUGAAUUUUAUUCAUUGGAAUUAGAUAAACAAGUUUUACUGGAGGAUGAAAUAUUAAGAUCAUUGAAUGGUUAUGAUGAAUACGGGAAUUUGUUAUUACCACCAAGGAAACCAGGUGAUCCAUUACCUACAGAGCUUAUUGCCUAUUAUGAGGAACAAAUUAAACUGCCGAACUCUAAGUUCUCUGAGGAAUCUGAAGAUAAUACUCCAGUGGAGAAUGUUACUGAUGAAAAAAAUAUUAAGGAGAUAAAAUUCUCUGAAGUUUCACCGUCAUCAUGGAAGGAUAUGAAGAAGUCCAACACUACCACCACAACAACAAACAACACUUCAACUAGUGAAUCUGAUCGUAACAAACCUGACAGUAGGAGUACAAUGUCUGAUCUCUUUCUUGAUAAUAUUAAACGUGAAGAUAGUAAACUAUCAAAUUUAAAUAUUUUCACUAGUGGAAAACAAACUUUGGAUGUUACACCUGUAUCACUGGCUUUAUCAAAAUAUUUAGGUAUGGAUUCCCAUCAAGAAACAUGUAAAUCAGAUCAACUGGGUAUUGUAAUUCUAGUGCAUGGAGCAUUACAGUCUAUUAGACAAAAUGUUAUCAAUCGUUUGGCUAAGCAAUACAAUGCAAUUGUAUUAAAUAUCAAUCAAAUUAUUAUUGAAGCUUUAUUAACAAGUACAAGUGAUACAGCCUGUCAAGCAAGACAAAUCUGUCUAGAUGUUGGUGAACAGAUAAUUCAAACAAAAUUACUUGAAAAACAAAAGGAACAACAAGAAAGAGAACAAGAAGAACAGCGGCAAUUACAACUACAAGUUCAACAACAACAACAGCAGCAGCAGUUACAGUUAUCAGACUCAGAAUUAAAACCAGAUUCUCCGAAGGAAUUACGUAAUGAUACCAUGAAAGAUGAUACAAUUCAUGAAGGUUAGUUAUUUAUCUACAGAUCUGAAUAUGUAUAUAAUAAUAUAA